GUUGAGAGAGAGGCAGGGCUUGGAGUGGAGGUGCGAGAACGGUGGGGACCCGGAAGGUGGGGUGGGGGCGGGAUGGAGGCGGGGCGGGGCGCACGAGGGGCGUGUACACUGGCUCAGGGACACGCGCUCUCGGCCACAGCAACUGGCUCCAAGUUCCCUCCCUCGCUCUCCGGCGAAGCCUGCCUGAGCCCUCCCACUCGGUGCAGACCGAACCAUCGCGGCCGCCGCCAGCCGGGCCCUCCGCGGACGCGCGUCCUGGGCCCGUUCCGCCAGCCCCGUCUGCUCUCUACCCGCGGCCCCGCGGCGGCGACUGUGAAGACUCGGCGGCCCCUACAGCCCCGCUCUCGGCCCUCCGUCGCUCGCGGGCCCCGACUCUCCCUCCUCGCAGUCCCCCGGAGCCUGGCGCCCGGCUCGGGCCGCACCGCCAGGGACUGGGGUGAGCGGCCCAGAAAUCUCCGAAUUGGACAUGCAGAGCAGCGUUCUUGUUCUAUCUACGUCUUGAAUUAGAAACUACCAAGCUCUGUAAGUCCUGAAAAGGAAAUAGAAGUGUUUGAGUAAAGGGGAAGAACAUCGGAUGGUGUGUUUUGGUUUUUCAGAUUGUUUGAAAACAUCGAAGUAUUGAUAGACCCUUCAUGUAUUAAUGCCAUUAAGGUGCGUCCCUACCCAAGAGGAGAGGUGGCCAGUAAAUGUCAGCUGAGGCAACAAAGGCUGCGAUGCACCAGCCCGGUGCCCUGUGAGGACAGCCACAUCAGUAGUGGUAACACUCACAGUUUCCUGCUGCAGAGAGCAUUUUAAGAAAGGACAGCAUUCCUGUGACCUCUGCCUACCAUCCAUAAAAUACUCAUUCCCCUCUCAGCUCUGCCUGCAGUUGAACACAAAGACCUGGAGGAGACUCCCACCUCCUUCAGGGAGAAGAAAGGAGGCAGCGAAGCAGAUUAAAGGAACUUGUGGCUUGUGGCCUUUUUGUGCAAGGGCUGCCUGGAAGGGGAGAAAAGUGUAUGAAAGCCACCGUGGCGGUUAAUGAGCUGUGAGAUGAGGCGCUGCUGCGGCCGCUGCUGCUGACACUCGCUCCCAGGCUGCACCCGCCGCCCUUGGCGCUUCAUGUACAUGUGUCUAUUCAGGCCUUACGGAGGCGCCCAGAAGAGCAUCCAACACGGCUGCCGGGGAAAGACCGCCCACCAUGCCCACGGAGACCCUACAGACAGGUAGCAUGGUGAAGCCGGUCAGCCCCGCGGGCACCUUCACCUCUGCUGUGCCUCUGCGCAUCCUGAACAAGGGGCCAGACUACUUCCGCAGGCAGGCUGAGCCCAACCCCAAGAGGCUCAGCGCCGUGGAGAGGCUGGAGGCCGACAAGGCCAAGUACGUCAAGAGCCAGGAGGUGAUCAACGCCAAGCAGGAGCCCGUGAAGCCCGCCGUGCUGGCCAAGCCCCCGGUGUGCCCGGCUGCCAAGCGCGCACUGGGCAGCCCCACGCUCAAAGUGUUCGGCAACCACGCCAAGACCGAGAGCGGCAUGCAGAGGGAGAACCUGAAGCUGGAGAUCCUGAAGAACAUCAUCAAUAGCUCCGAGGGCUCUAGCUCGGGCUCGGGGCACAAGCACAGCUCCCGCAACUGGCCGCCCCACCGGUCGGAAGCCACUGACCUGCACCGUCACUCCUUCGCGGAGUCCCUGAAGGUCUACCCCACGCAGGGCCGCAGCAGCCCGCAGGAGGGCGGCUCCCACGUGGGCAGGAGACUGCUGGAGCAGUCAGCCGAGUCCUUCCUCCACGUGUCCCACAGCUCUUCGGACAUCCGCAAGGUGACCAGCGUGAAGCCCCUCAAGGCCAUCCCCUGCAGUAGCUCUGCCCCUCCCCUGCCUCCCAAGCCCAAAAUCGCAGCCAUCGCCUCCAUGAAGUCCCCCGAGGCCGACCCUGUGGAACCAGCUUGUGGAGUCAGCCGAAGACCCUCCCUCCAGCGGUCUAAGUCAGACUUGAGUGACAGGUAUUUCCGAGUGGACGCGGACGUGGAGAGGUUCUUCAACUACUGUGGACUGGACCCGGAAGAGCUGGAAAACCUGGGAAUGGAAAACUUUGCAAGGGCUAAUUCUGACAUAAUAUCCCUCAACUUCCGCAGCGCAAGCAUGAUCAGCUCAGACUGUGAACAGUCUCAGGACAGUAACAGUGACCUUAGAAAUGAUGACAGUGCCAAUGACCGCGUGCCGUAUGGCAUUUCUGCCAUCGAAAGAAAUGCUAGAAUCAUCAAGUGGUUAUAUAGCAUCAAACAAGCUAGAGAGUCACAGAAGGUCUCCCACGUGUAAGACAGUGCGUGGAAAGGAGGGAGCGUGGGUCUCUGUGCUUACGCAGUUGUGAAGGUUGUGAGGUCUCCUCGAAGUGUUGUGAGCUUCUCCACUCUUUGUGUUGCUUGUUGUGCAAUGUUUUCAAGUUGCAUGCUUGUCAACAUGGGGACUGACCUGGCUUCCACGUCACCAUCGCUACAGAGCCUGGCUGAACACGCGUCAUCUGCCAAAAGUUUCAGGCCAGAAUCUAAUUAGGGCUUUGCUCGUAAGCAAAACUGUUUACAUGAAAAUGGUAUACAACUUCUUCGAUAUUUAUGUGGUUCUUGUGUUUUUAUAUCCCGCGCUAUUGUGUCUUAAUUAAAAGUUUUAUCAACUGGCUUUUAAGUUGAGAGCAGAAUCUUUUUGAAAUAAAAAGCCACUUUGCCUACAUGUGAGACUAUUCCAAUGGGACAGUAAAUGGGAUCUGCUACCAAACAGAUAAUGACUGACCGAACAUAGAACCAGGCUGGGUUUUCUGUGGAAUAAAGUGGUGAGCCUGACGUUAAUCGUUUACAUGUUGAAAUUCUCUUGCCACUUAGUGAAGCAGUCAUUGGGGUAACAAUGCUACGUUUUGUGUCCGAUUCAGUGUGUAAACGUUGGUGGUUCUAUGUAAUAGUGACCCCAAGGAAAGACGAUCAGAUACAAAGAAAGAUGGUUAAAUCUAGGAGGUUGGGUGUUUGGGGGUUUUGUUGAUGUUGUUCUGAUUUGGGAUAAUUCAGAAAUUUCUAAUAUUAUCUUUCAACUGAAUGACCACCCUAAAACAAAUACUGAAUGCCUUUAAAAAAAAAAAAAAAAGUUGUUUUUUUUUUUUUUUGGUCGAGAACUACUAAUUUCAUGCGGUUUCUUUCUCUCUCCCUUUGUUGUUAUUUGAUUUGGGGGAAGGGAGUGAGGCUUGUGCAGAUUUGAGCUAUCUGAAGACAUGAACAGAAGUCAAAUACCAGCCAUAUCAGUAGAGCCUCCCAUUCAAAAGUGAACACACUUGGUAGCUGAACCAUAUCUGAGCAGCGUGAUUCUGUUGUCUUGCAUAUGUUAUUCUCUCAGGCUGUGGGUCUUUGUUACAGCUCUAGGAAACUGUAGAAAUACAAUGCUCUGUAGCUUUUCCACCCCAUGGUCUCUAGUGCUGCCUAUCAACUUGUCCCCUUUUUUCCCAAUAACCUGUCUUCCAGGUGGUACAGUUAGCUGUCACUCAGCUGGCACCAUGAUGUGGCAGCAGAGAGGGAAACCUACAAGUGGUUUGCCUCAUUGCCUUUGCCACAUCUGAAGUUCUCAGCAGCACUACCUUAGACUUCAUGAGCUAAUAGGAAACUUUUUAUGGUGUAAAUGCUGUAAGACUUUGUACAUACUUCAGUUGUUAUGAAAUCUUUAAAGAAAAAAAGAAAAAGUUACGCUAAUAAAUUGCUGUGGUGCAGGCA